CCAUGCUAUCAGUGUUGGGUAGAUCCGGCUUGGGCGCCCGGCAGGCGGUUUCGGUCGUUGGAAGUCAGAAUUUCAGCAGCGCGGUCACCUCCGCCGAAAAUGCUCAUCCGGAGCCACGUGUCAGCUCUCAGAGUGCUCAAUUCAGAAAGGGAGCCGGUGGAAGAGCCUCCUUCUCCGGCAAUGUGGUGACCGUAUUCGGUGCGUCAGGCUUCUUGGGACUUCCAGUUGUCAAUAAAUUCGCGAAAAAUGGCUCACAAAUCAUUAUUCCGUAUCGCCAGGAUCCGUAUUACAUGAGAGAGCACAAAGUGCUCGGCGAGCUCGGACAAGUCCUCUAUUUUCCAUUUGAGCUGAUGGAUGAGGAGAGCAUUCGAAAGGCUGUAAAGUACUCGAACGUCGUCAUCAACUUGAUCGGAACUCGUGUGCCGACUGGAAAGUACAAUUACUAUGACGUCAACGACACGGGAGCCCGCCGUUUGGCUCGAAUUUGCAAAGAAAUGGGUGUGGAGAAAUUUGUGCAUUUGUCGGCUCUCGGAGCAACUACACAACCACAAAAGGGACAUUUUGUCGCAAAAUCGCAAUUUCUUCAUUCAAAAGGACUCGGAGAAGUUGCUGUACGUGAAGAAUUCCCAGAAGCAACAAUUAUUCGCCCAUCUGUGAUCUACGGUGAAUUGGAUGGAUUUAUUCAAUAUUAUGUGUCAAGAUGGCGAAAAACUCCAUUGGAUUAUGUGUAUUUGUACAAGAAGGGAGAAGAAACGUAUAAAAUGCCGAUUUGGGUUGGAGACGUUGCCGCCGGAAUUCAAAGUGCUGUAAAUGAUCCAACAGCAAAAGGACAUACUUAUGAAUUUGUUGGACCACACUGCUAUCAAUUGUCUGAAUUGAUUGAUUUCAUGUACAAAAAAGCGCAUUGUUUGUCUGAUUUUGGAUUCAGAUACAAGCGUCACGGAAUGCCGGAUCCAUAUUUCAUGGCUCUCACAAUGGCCACCGAACUCUAUGGUAAAGUGUUCAAGUGUAAAGUUCCACUCAACAGAGAAUGGAUGGAGUUUGUGGAAGUACAAUCGGACAUUUUGACGGGCGAAAGAACUCUCGCCGACCUCGGAGUCCGCCGAUUGACUGAAUUCGAAUUGGCUGGUGGACAACAAGCAUUUUAUCGAUCAUUUAAUCGAUAUUUCGAAGAACAAUAUGGAGAACUUCCGGCUCCAUCACUUCCACUUCGUUCACCACCACUUACCAAAAAGAACACUGGCCGAGGAGCAACUGGAAUCAAGUCGGAAACGAGCAAAAAUGUCGCUUUUAAUUAAGAUUUUUUUUAAUCGAUUGUUUUUUCGAUUUCUGUGUUGUCUUUGGUAGUUUAAAUAGAGCGAUUUUAAUUUUUUUUUGGUUCUAAAUUUUUUUUCUAGAAAAAACUGAAUUUUGUAUUUAUACGCGUAAAUGAAUCGAGAAUUUUG